GCUCAGUCAAGCAGUACCAAGCCCCACACACAAGCAACAAUGGCAUUCAAGUUCAUCGCUCUCGCCGCCCUCGUGGCCUGCGCCAACGCCGGCGCCAUCCUCCCCGCCGCCUACUCGGCACCUCUGGCCUACGCCGCAGCUCCAGUAGCCUACAAGUCCUACGCGGCUCCUCUGGCCUACGCCGCCCCCAUCGCCAAGGCUGUGGUGACCAAGACCGUCGACGCCGAGUACGACCCCCAUCCCCAGUACCAGUACUCCUACGACGUGCACGACUCGCUGACCGGUGACAUCAAGAGCCAGCACGAGCAGCGCGACGGUGACGUCGUCCAGGGCAGCUACUCCCUCGUCGAGUCCGACGGAACCCGCCGCACCGUAGACUACACCGCCGACGCCCACAACGGAUUCAACGCCGUCGUCCGCAAGGAGCCACUCGCCCACCAGGUGGUCAAGACCGUCGCCGCCGCCCCCGCCGUAGCCUACAAGACCUAUGCUGCCCCAGCCGUCGCCACCUACGCUGCUGCCCCCGCCGUAGCCUACAAGUCGUACGCCGCCGCCCCCGCCGUAGCCUACAAGACCUACGCCGCCCCCGCCUACGCCACCUACGCCGCCGCUCCCGCCGUAGCCUACAAGUCCUACGGUGCCCCAGCCCUGGCCUACUCCAGCGGAUACUACCACUAAGUGGUUGGUCGAUGCUGGAGAGCUCCAGGAGGUGUAGUCUAGUUCUGUUUUCUCUAAUUUGUCCCAAUCUGCGAUGUAUAAACUUGCCUUGCCAUUGCCGGCGUGAUCGUGCUCUCUGGAGAUUGCCCGAGACCGGUAAUGACCAGAGAGCGGGCGCGCCUGGCCUUUUAUUUAUUUAAUGUUGUACAUGUACUGUAUGUGUAAUAGCACCGAACGAACUGAUUAUAUGCGUAAUAAAAUCUAGCACAAUUAAUAUCAUUUA